CACGAUGCUAGACGCCCAGGGUAGGUCAAUGGAGAUGAGAACUACAGGACCACAAAAGCAGAUGACAACCGUCUUCACAAACACCCAGCAGUCACAGUCGAGUGGUUUGUAAUGGGUACUUCUUUGUUCAAUGCGACCAUCUCAGUCAACUCAACUCGGACAGGCUGGGUCAAUGAGCCGAAUAUCAGAGGAUCAUGGGGUAUACUAUUGCCCUGCAUCUCUACACUUCUUGUCUGCUCAUGGUCGGUGAUGCACCUUAACUUACCAGCAAAAUCAAGCUCCAAUACCGAAAAGCUCUUUCCAUAUCUAUACUGGUGUUGCAUUGGCAUAUUCGGACCAGAACUCGCUAUCUGGGCGGCUUGGCGACAGCUACUAUCCGCAAAAGCCUUGAAGAGAGAGAUUGAAGAGGCAAGGCUGACUUCAUAUGAUUUCUCUUUGGCACAUGGAUUCUACGCUGUCAUGGGCGGAUACGCAUUUGACUGCAACAAAUCUUUCGAAGUCGAAUCCCAGACCUUUUGGUCAAAGACACAGCGCAUCACGCUUACGCCGAAAGGUGUGCUCUUGCUUGCUUCAUGCGGGCAUCUCCCGGAGAUCACGGCUCAGGAUAUCGCAGACAAGAGUAAAGUUGACGAGCUUGGUAAACUGGUCGCUUGUCUUCAGGCUGGCUGGUUCACCAUACAGAUCAUAUCUAGAUUGGCCUGUAGUCUACCUAUAACGUUGCUCGAGGUGACAGUGGUCGGCCAUGUUGUGUGUGCUUUGGUACUGUACGCACUUUGGUGGCACAAACCUCGCAGAAUCGAAGAGCCGAAUGUACUCACAGGCUCUUGGACCGCUCCUCUAGCAGCCUUCAUGGUCAUGUCAAGUCGAGUCGAGGAAGUCACCAGCUCUGCGCUUCCAGGAUUCCAGGUCGAGCUGCAACAGCCAGAGAUUACAACUCUGAAGUUUCGUAUCGAAUCAGAAGAUGGCACAGUCCAUGUCAAGAAUCGUGGUUACUCGGAGCGCGAGCCAGAUAAGGUCGACCACAUAGUCCAGGUACGAACCAAGACCGGGAUAUCACUAUUGUACGAAGAAGAGGUUGCUCGGGAGAACACAUACGUCGACUGGAAGGAGCAAGCCGAAGCCCGUCUACGACUCGCUUGCUCUGCGAUACAGCAAUAUCCCGCCAUUCGCACACUUCUUCGCCGACCAGUUUGCGAAACAGACCGCAAGUAUGCCUCCGCACUAGCAGCAUAUCCCGAAAUGCCGAAACGUUGCCGCAAAGAGCGAGACAGAGAAGCAAUGCUCCAGAAUAUCUCACCCUGGCUCGAAUGUGAUACACAAAAUCUCGUCUCCCACACCGCCAGUGACUGGCCCCACGACGGGCUGGUCCGUACAACAGGUGGCCUGAUAAUGGGCACCGUCCUCUGGGUCGCCAGUAUAAUCUUUAGCGCCGUGCACAUAGCAGCAUGGCACGCCAGCUUCCCCUCCGAAGCAGAAGCAUGGUUAUGGCGUUUCUCAUCCAUGUUUAUCGGAUUCUCUGGUCUGCUUUGGGCCUUUCUACAUGUUCUGGCUGAAGUCUCUGCUAGGUUAUGGUGGACGUGGUAUGACGUUAUGAUUGGAGAAGCCUCACAGAUACUGACCAUGGCUAUCACUGCUCUUUGCUCCAUGUGUGGGAUUGUGUAUCUUUUGGCUAGGGCGUUUCUGGUGGUGGAAGCGUUUGUGGAGUUGAGAUCGUUGCCGACCAUGGCUUAUGCUAUUCCUCAGUGGUCAGUCAGUAUCCCACAUGUUGGAUAGUUCUCUCGUAUCUUAUGUGCGAGCGCCGUCU